AUGCCCCUCACUCAGCUGAGUGACUGGCAACUCCAAUGGAGGCAACUCGGGAUCAUGACAUCGGCUAUAUUCGGUGGUAGAAACGAUGGAGUUCAGAUUGGGAUCCACCAUGGGCCGUUCACAGCGGAGUUCCACCGGGCAUAUAUAACUGAAGACAUCGACCGAAUUUGCAUCCAAAACCUACGCUGCCCAGACUCCCUAGCCAUUAAAACCCGCUUAAAGGAGGUCAAGGACAAACUACUUCGUCAAUCGUUCGAAUGGGUUCUCCAGGACCCGCAGUAUCGCAGUUGGCAAAAUGGGAACGACGUAUGUCUGCUCUGGAUUAAGGGCGGUGCUGGGAAAGGGAAAACAAUGAUGUCGAUCGGUCUCAUAGAAGGGCUCUCACAGAAACAAGAUAUAUCUACUGUGGUGACAUAUUUCUUUUGCCAAAACGCCUACAAUGAGCUGAGUACCCUCGAAUCGGUCAUCAAAGGCCUGAUUCUAAGAUUGAUAAGCCAACGAAUUGAACUGAAAGAUUCUUUACGACUUCGAUGGGACCCUAAGAACGACCGUUUCCGUGAGGACGUUAACUCAUGGCGAGCUUUGUGGGACAUCCUUUGGGAGAUGUUGGACCGGUGUGACUGCUCAAGGAUAUAUGUCAUUGUGGAUGCCCUUGAUGAGUGCCAAGAUAGCGGCAUGGCCGACUUCUUGAAACUUAUCGUCCGAAAUGGUCUUGAUCAACCCUCUAAAAUCAAAUGGCUCCUGACAAGCCGACCAUUAGAAGCUGCAGAGCGCACAUUACUAGCUGGGCAUGAGCAGAUGCAAGUUAGUCUAGAGCUUAACUUCGAUUAUAUCUCUCAAUCUGUGUAG